AUCGUGCCUCACAAAAUUCCCCACGCCUAGUAACAUAGCGUCUCUCUGCCAGCGUCUCUCUGCCACCGAUCCUCCCUCCCUGCGGCUCGCCGGGAACUCUUAAUCUCCUACUAUAUAUAUCCGCAUAAACGCAGCUUGAUACAUAUCUGUAAGGUCACAUUCGGAAUCAUGCUUCAAGCAGUUGAGGGUGCGUCUGAGGCCGUUGAGGCCGUUACUUUCAGUUUCAUGACGGCCAAAGAGGUACGGCGCCACAGCGUAAUGAAGGUUACCAAUCCCAAUCUUCUUGAUUUGGUGGGGUGUCCUACUCCAGGGGGUUUAUACGACCCAGCCUUGGGUCCUUCUGAUGAACGUGCUCAGUGUAAAUCAUGUGGUCAGCGUUCAUUUCACUGUCCAGGCCACUGUGGUCAUAUUGAUCUUGUUUCUCCCGUCUACAAUCCAUUGCUGUUUGAUAUGCUGCAUAAUCUUUUGCAAAGAACAUGCCUAUUUUGCUUUCAUUUUAAGGCAAGCAGGAGAGAGGUUGAGAACUGUGCCUCCCAAUUGAGAUUAAUAGCAAAAGGUGAUAUUAUAGGGGCCAAACAAUUAGGUGAAGCAUCAUCAGAAGCCAAACAAUUGGGUGAAGAAUUUUCAAAUGACUACAUUGAUACUGAUCCUGUGGACUGUGAGGGAAGCCAUAUGUCAGGCCUUACUGGUGAUUAUGGUUCACAAGAUCAUUUUGACCAUAAUAAACAGCAACCAUAUUGGGACAAUUUUCAGUUUACCGAAGCUAUGGCAGUGUUGAAUAAAUUUCUAAAGCCAAAGCCCACUAAGUGCAGCAAAUGCAAAGCAAAGAAUCCAAAGAUCAGUAAACCAACUUUUGGAUGGCUUCAUAUGGCUGGCAUUUCAAACACAGUACUUCGAGAAAAUAUUAUUGGAGGUCAUAAGUUGGAGGGAUGGAGCACAGGUGGAGCCAAAGAAAACAUUACUUCUGAGGUUGUGAAUGACUUUGAAACUGCUGAAACCAACUCAUUCCUGACUACGGAUGGAGUAGAAAAUUCUAUGACACCCAGGAGUCGUGAAGAUACUGUGUAUCAUGAGUUGGAAAAACAGAAGCGUAUUCUUUCAGGACCUCUUUUACCUUCUCAGGUCAGAGAUAUUAUAAAGCUCUUGUGGGAAAAUGAAGCUUCUAUCUGCUCUUUUAUCUGUGACAUUCAAAGCCAGAAUCUUAAUAAACCUGACAAGGUAGCAGGGCACUCUAUGUUCUUCUUGGAGGCUGUUCUUGUCCCACCUAUCAAAUUCCGUCCACCUGCGAAAGGGGGAGACUCUGUAAUGGAGCAUCCACAUACUGUUAUGUUAAACAAGGUCCUUCAGUCGAAUAUAGCCUUGGGGAAUGCUCAUGUUAACACUACUGAACGUUCUAAGAUCAUCAACCGAUGGAUGGAACUUCAACAAUCUGUAAAUGUUUUAUUUGAUAGCAAAACUGCAAUGGCUCAAGGUCAAAAAGAUGCUGGUACUGGCAUAUGCCAAUUGCUGGAAAAGAAAGAGGGUAUCUUCCGCCAGAAAAUGAUGGGGAAGAGGGUCAAUUUUGCAUGCCGAUCUGUUAUAUCUCCAGAUCCUUAUUUGGCUGUCAAUGAAAUUGGUAUCCCGCCUUAUUUUGCUCUCCGGCUAACUUAUCCAGAGAGAGUGACUCCAUGGAAUGUUGCAAAAUUGAGGGAUGCUAUUAUCAAUGGCCCUGAGAUCCAUCCUGGAGCUUUGUCAUAUUCUGAUAGAGUAUCCACAGUUAAGCUGCCACUAAAUAGAAAGAUGCGUGUAGCAGUAUCUCGAAAAUUGCCUUCUUCUAGGGGCGUGGUAACACAAUCAGGGAAGAACAGUGAGUAUGAAUUUGAGGGAAAAGUUGUAUACCGACACUUGCAGGAUGGGGAUAUUGUGCUUGUCAAUAGGCAGCCAACACUUCACAAACCCAGCAUAAUGGCACAUGUAGUUCGUGUUUUGAAGGGGGAGAAAACGCUUCGUAUGCAUUAUGCUAAUUGCAGCUCUUACAAUGCUGAUUUUGAUGGUGAUGAAAUGAAUGUCCAUUUUCCUCAAGAUGAAGUUUCUCGUGCUGAAGCCUAUAACAUUGUAAAUGCUAAUGAACAAUACAUCGUUCCAACAAAGGGUGAUACUGUUAGAGGCCUGAUUCAGGAUCAUAUUGUAAGUGCUGUCAUUCUUACAAUGAAGAAUACAUUUUUAACUCUUGAUGAGUUCAACCAACUUCUCUAUGGGUCUGGUGUGUUCAUGGCGGGGCAUGGUUCAUUUUCUGGAGAUCGUUCUCGGAAAGUUUCAACAGUAGACUCUGAGAGUUUUCUGCAGCCUGUAUUGCCUGCUGUGUGGAAACCAAAGCCUCUUUGGACUGGGAAGCAGGUCAUUACUUCAAUUCUAAACCAUCUGACAAGAGGUUUCGCACCUUGUACCAUCAGAAACAAAGGGAAAGUUCCGGAGAAAUACUUCUCGAAAGAUAAAGAUAAUACUGCUGAUAAUAAGUUUAUCAUUUGGAAAAAUGAGUUUGUACGUGGUGUACUUGACAAGGCACAGUUUGGGAAGUUUGGUUUGGUCCACACUGUUCAGGAGCUUUAUGGUUCAAACAUUGCGGGAGCGUUGCUCUCUGCUUUUAGUCGAUUAUUUACCAUUUUCUUGCAGACUCAUGGCUUCACAUGUGGAGUGGAUGACCUUAUAAUAUUGCCUGACUAUGACUCCAGAAGGAAAGAGCAUCUUGAAGGGAAUGAUGUUGGUGAAGAAGUUCAUGCUAAUUUUGUUAAGUUCAAACCUGGAGAAAUAGGUCCUGUAGAACUCCAGCUGGAAAUUGAAAAAGCUAUUAGCACAGAUAAAGAAAAUGCUGUAGCUUUCUUGGACAUGAAGAUGAAAAAUAAACUGAACCAAAAAGCAGAAAAGAUGGACAAAGAUUUGCUUCAGAAAGGAUUAUUAAGACCGUUCCCCAAGAAUUGCAUCUCUCUUAUGACAGUCACUGGGGCUAAGGGUAGUACGGUUAAUUUUCAACAAAUAUCAUCAUAUCUUGGCCAACAAGAGUUGGAAGGAAAGCGAGUGCCUCGGAUGGUUUCUGGGAAGACUUUGCCAUGCUUUCCCCCCUGGGAUUUCACUGCCAGGGCAGGAGGCUUUAUCAGUGACCGAUUUCUUACUGGUCUCCGUCCUCAGGAAUAUUACUUUCACUGCAUGGCUGGUCGUGAAGGAUUAGUAGAUACUGCUGUUAAGACUUCUCGCAGUGGAUAUCUUCAAAGGUGCUUGAUAAAAAAUCUUGAGAGCCUCAAAGUUUGUUAUGAUUAUACUGUCCGUGAUGCAGAUGGCUCGAUCAUCCAAUUUUACUAUGGUGAAGAUGGUAUUGAUGUGCAUCGAACUAGCUUUCUCAAAAACUUCAAGGCACUUCAAAAGAAUGAAGAAACCAUUCGUCAAAAGUUUCAUCCUGCACGCCAAUUCAAUUCUUAUAUUGAAAAAUUGCCUAAUGGACUUGAAGAAAGGGUGAAGAAAUUCUGGAUGGAGAGGAAGGCGAAGUUAGAUGAAAAAUCAAAGAAGUCAUUAGCAAAGCAUGUGCAAGAGGAACAUCUUGAGAAGCAAGUGGAGCAGCUAACUGCAGAUAAAAAGAAGCUAGCAUCAUUUCUUAAAUUAGUAGAACAGAAGUAUUUGUUUAGUCUGGUGCAAGCCGGGGAACCUGUAGGUGUAAUAGCUGGUCAGUCCAUAGGUGAACCAUCAACUCAGAUGACACUUAACACUUUCCAUCUUGCUGGCCGUGGGGAAAUGAAUGUCACACUUGGUAUUCCACGUCUUCAGGAGAUUUUGAUGACAGCUUCUGAUGUGAUUAAGACUCCUUUUUUGUCCUGUCCCUUCCGUGGGUGGACAUCAAGGGAUGAUGCCCAGUCCCUUCUAGCAAAAGUGAAUAAGAUCACUGUUGCAGACAUGAUUGAGAGCAUGGAAGUCCAUCUAUUGCCGAUAUCAAUUCACAACAAAAACAUUUCUCAAGUUUACAAGCUUAUUGUGAAGCUCAAAAAACAUGAUUUUGUCUCGUUGGAAGAUUGCAAGUAUACCCUCAAAUCUGCGUUUUUGAGGGAGUUGGAGGAUGCAAUUGAAAAUCAUUUGUCCUUGCUUUCUAAAAUUAGUGGCAUAAAAAAUUUCAAAUCCAGUGCUCAGUCAGUUGCAUCGAAUGAAACAGAUGAAAAUGCCUCUGGUGCCAAAUCUCAAGAAGAUAUGGCUGAUGAUGAUGAUGGUGAUGAGGAGGAUGAUAGAACUGAGGAUCUUGGUUCUGAUGCACAAAAAAGAAAACAGCAAGCUACAGAUGAGAUGGAUUAUGACGAUGGAUCUGACAAUGAGCUUUCUGAAAUGAAAAAUGAUGAGACUGAUGAUGUCAAUAGUAGGGAGGAAGAAGCUGGAGAUGAUGAUGAUGAAGAUGAUGAACUGAGAGAAUCAUCAAAGCCUAAAUCAAGUGAGAAAAAGACCAAGUCUACAACUAAAGUAAAGCGAAAAAAGGAAAUCUUUGUGAAAAAGGAAUCUGACAGGGCUAUUUUUGUGGGAACAAAAGGGUCAUGCUUUGAGGUCCAGUUCAGAUUUACAAAUGAACCUCAUAUUUUACUAGCACAGGUGGCUCAGAAGACUGCAAAGAAAGUUUACAUCAAGAGUUCCGGGAAGAUCCAUAAUUGCAGAAUGGUUAAAUUUGAUGUGGAUGAAAAUACGGUACUUUGGGACGGGGAGAAAAAGGAAAAAGCCAAGAGGCUUCAGAACAAUGAAAGCAAAAAUGCUCCCUUUUAUUGGGCACUGAAAGCUGCUGGAGUGGAUUUUGGUGCAUUUUGGGAAUUGCAGGAUGUACUUGAUGUGAAUCGAAUAUACAGCAAUAAUAUCCAUGCCAUGCUGCAAACAUUUGGGGUCGAAGCUGCCAGGGCAAGUCUCAUCAGAGAGGUGAAGACUGUGUUUGGUAUUUAUGGUGUUGAGAUUGAUUUUCGCCACUUAAGCCUGAUUGCAGACUACAUGACCCACAAUGGUGGCUACCAACCAAUGAGCAGACAUGGAAGAAUAGCUGAUUCAUUGUCACCCUUUUUGAAGAUGUCUUUUGAAACCGCGUCCAAAUUUAUAGUAGAAGCAGCAUCUCAUGGUAUGACGGACAACUUGGAAGCACCGUCAUCCAGAAUAUGCCUUGGCUUACCCGUCAAAAUGGGUACUGGUUCUUUUGACUUGAUGCAAAAGUUGGAAAUUGAUGCACAAUAAGAACCCACCACUGUUGUGCACUUUUCUAAUGCGAUUUUUGUUUAUCAUUCAAAUUAAUCUUUUUUAAAAUUUUUGUUUUGCAACUUGUUUACCGACAGUCAGAAAUUUUGAUGAAGCCAUUUGGUCAUUGAGCAUAAGAUAUUUCCUUUAUUCUGUUUUGUAUUUAAACAAAUAUGAUGAAAAAUGGCAUUCAGCCAAGAUGUAUUGGGAACGAAAUGAUUUCGUUUGAUGGAGCGUAAAUCUCGUUUACGUUUUAUGUUGCCAACA